AUGUCCCAGUCGCGCAGUAUUACAGAUUUCUUCAAGCGGCCAGCUUUUUCGCUGACAAAGCAAGAAAUUCACUCCGUCAGUAACCCAAGCGAAGCUCUUACUGCGGCACCACUGUCUUCAGACUCUUCACCCCUCACCAAGCCCUCGUCGUCGUUCGUAACAAUCGGUGACUCUCCACAAACCCCGGAUGGACCAGCCUCGCAGCUGAAAGAGUCUUUACAAUCAUCGGUACAGGACACCUCUCCAAAGCCGACACCUCAGCAGAGUUUCCAAAGCAGUAACGGGACUGUUGUCGGCGACCCUUCUUCAGGACUAAGUUUCAACUCAUCUCAGCGGAUCGUCAAAGACGGGAAAGAAGUUGUUAUUAGCUCCGAUGGAGAGGAUACAGACUCGAUAGCUUCUUUUGAGCAACUAGAAGAUCCUCUGUUGAUGUUCAUGAAACCCAACCCAACGGCCGCAAGCGAAACAAGAGAAGCCGAGAACAGUAUUGGCGACUCAGAGAUGGCGUCGCGUUCGCAAAGGCUCAAAGAUACGAAUAAGUCUUCGAAUGCCAAGUCCUCGAAAGUCUCAGUCCCGCAAUACAAAUUCUCACUCGAUGAUCUUGUGACCCAAGCAGUCGAUGAUAACGAAACCGAGGCAACCAUUGCAAGAUUGAAAGCUGUGCGCGAGGAUGAGAGUUCUUCAAAACCCGACACUCCUCCUAUCAGGCACCUGAAUGAAGGGAUGUUGACAUCGGCACUCGGUGAUCAGGAUGAUGAGCUAGGAUUACAACGUCUACUUGAUGCCGUCAGAAGAACAGAGGCGCUCGAAAUAGAGAAAUUCUGGUCUUUUUUUAACUACGAGGCAAAAGCUCUUCCUGCCUUGGAAUUCCCGCGAGAGUCAAUAGCUCCGGGGACAUAUUUGGCGGUACUGCGAGAACCAGAAUCGAGAGAGCGAGCCUUCCACUCUGGCGCUCUUGAAUUCACUCUAUCCAGAGCAUAUCUUUCCGAUGAGCUCAUUUCAUGGGUCUUCCAUUCGGUGCCCUGCGAGCCUCGGGAGAGCUUGAGGCAUGCGUAUUGUAGGCUUUUCAAGCAUGCUACCGCUGAGCGCAUAGAAACCCUGUUUCGACCAGCCGAUAUCAAUCGGCUCUUUCAGCGACUGGGCGCCAGCCCCAAAGCGCUGGAUAUUUCUGAACCGGUUAUCCCAGAACCAGCGCCCCAGAACAGUCAAUCGCGAGAAACACCUCAGCAUCUGGCGUGCUUGCUGUCUGUCUUGGAAUUACUUCGCGGUGCCGCAGAACUAUUUGCCGACGAUACCAGGGAACAUCUACUGAAUAUUCUCUUUCGUCUCGCGCUUGACAUUUCCGUUACAAGCAACGCUAUUGUUUGCUCAGACUUAGAGAAGACUAUUACGGCAGUUAUGGAGAGCGUCCCCGAGGACACUGCUGAUAGCUUGAGACUCCAUAUUGCAGAGUCGCCUUCUGAAGCAUAUUUUACCUACCUCAAGUCGAAUCGCAGCGCUGAGGUGCCGUCUCGCUCUAGCCUUUUUAACGAGCGACCCAGCUCGACUGGCUGAGGCCCCUGACGUGAUGAGCGAUCUGAAGAUGAUUAUCAACCUUUUGAAGGAUCGGCGAUUUAACAUUAACCUAUAUAAAGGAAAAGGCAAUCCUGAGUAUGACUAUGGAGAACUCGGUGCGGUGACAGCACUCCUCAACAUUGCUAUUGACUCGGGAUGGUCUGGACUGGCAUUUCCAACAAGAGAGGCCGAGAAAGAGUUUAAU